GCAGUUUGGGCUGAAUGACGGAAGCGGGUUGUUCGCAUUUUUGCGCCGGGUUCUUUGGAAAAGUUGUAUGUUAGGCAGAAAAUUAAGUGCUAAACGAUUGACGAUAACAUAAUCUAUAACAAGAUAAUACGGAAGAACCUUUGGAAGUUCCGAAACAGGAAGACCAAUAAACAAAUGCUCUUUACUCUUUGAAAGCAGCCAAACAAAUAGCAGCAGACGGGCAAAGUUCAGAGCGCCAUAUGGGAACUUUGUCACUGAGCGACUACGAGGAUGUGCGCAUCUGGGCGCCCUGGGGUCACAUUGCGGGUCGCUGGUACGGCAAUCGAUCGGAACGUCCUAUUCUGGCCAUACACGGCUGGUUGGACAAUCUGGGCACCUUUGAUACACUAAUACCCUUGCUGCCCGACUAUCUGGGCGUGCUCUGCAUUGAUCUGCCUGGACAUGGUUGCUCCGCACGGCUGCCAGCGGGCAUGCACUACAGCACAGCCGAGUUUAUACUUAUUAUCGCACGGGUCAUGAAGGAGUACAAGUGGCCAAAGGUCUCGCUGAUGGGCCACUCGCUCGGCGGUGUUUUGAGCUUUAUUUACACUGCACUCGCACCACACACUGUCGAUCUGGUAAUCUCAUUGGACAUUCUUGUACCUCCCUUAGAGUCACCUGAGAGCUUGAAGCUCUUAGGUUAUGCUUUGGAUAAGCACUUGGUGGAGGAUGAGCGUGCUGAAGAGGCUUUAAUGCGUGAGCCACCUUCCUACACGUUAGCCCAGCUGCGCAGUGUCCUGAGCAAGGGGAGCAACCACUCGGUGCCACCAGAAUUUGCCCAGUAUUUGCUGCACCGAAGCGUCACCAAGUCGCAGCUGUAUCCGGAGAAGUUCUACUUUUCGAGGGAUGGCCGCACCAAGUACUACAAUAUAUUGCCGCUCAAUUCCGCUCUCGCUGCUGAAAUGGCGAGACGCAUCAGAAAUAAGCCCUAUCUCAUCAUAAAAGGAUCGAAGUCCCCCUUCAUUAGCGCCAGGUCCAACGAGGCCAUCAACAUUUUAAGAAACCAAAAUCCACACUUUGAGUAUUACGAAGUACCCGGCACGCAUCAUGUCCAUCUAAUCAGUCCCGAACUAUGUGCCCAGUAUAUAGUUCCCUUUCUGAGACAUCAUCGCCCGCCCACAGUGUCCAGCUGGUCGUUAGCUGGGGAGGAGCAGAAGCUAAGCACACGGGAGCAUCGGAAGGCACAGGAGAACUUCUUUGCGAGGAAUCUAAAGCGUCUUAGUAAGCUUUAAAGCCAAAAGUUGACAAAGCUGACCGAAGCUACCUUUUGGAUUGAAAGUGGGAACUAAGAGAAGGUGCUUAUAUUUCGACCUAAAAGGGAAACGGUUGGUCAAUGCUUACAUAAAAGAACUUAAAAAACAUAGCCAUUUAAGUGAGAUUUUCAAGCGUGACAAGAGGAGCCUGCGAAGUUUGGGGCUUCGGACUAAUAAUCGAGAGGUCGCUGGUUUAAAAUUCGAAUUGUCAACUAUUGUAGUUGUUUAUUUAAUUUGUUAUUAUUGUCACACAGCAAAAUGCAAUAAUAAAUUAAAAAAC